AUGACAACUCUCCCUCUUCUCAGAGGGAACAGUAUCGCCCUGGAAGAUGCUCUAACCGAUGAUGAUAACAUCCUCCAUCGAUUAGACUACCCUCGAAAACAGAAGGAGUUCUGGGAACGCCUUGUAUCACACAAAAGUGAAAUUGAAGAGCUGGUCUCUUUUCAUCUAGGCGCAAAACACUGCCGAAUCGGUGCCGAAGAAGACUGGAUGUUUGGCAGCUAUAACGUGUGUAUUCCCGUCGAAGUCAACCCGCCAUCCGACGAACGCGUCCUUAUACGAAAUCCCCUACCCUUCAAAAUUGGGGAGCCUAAUUUCCCUGGGAAUGCGGAUGAAAAGCUGCGCUGCGAAGUGGUUACUUACAUUUGGAUCCGUGAAAAUGCUCCGUCCGUUCCUAUCCCUAUUCUCCAUGGAUUUGGAUUCCCUGGUGGACAGACUUUUAUCAAGCCUUCUUGUGUAUCCUUGUUCUCUCGUCUGCGUUGGCAGCUAACUCAGGCCGCACGCUGGUGGCUUGGAUUUCCUACAUGCCCGUAUAUCAGCCUGAGGCGAUCGAGCGCACUUCCUACUGGCUAUAUAAUUAUAAGUUUCGUGAAGAAUGGUCGAAUGCUUUCCGAGACUUGGAGGACACAUCUUCUCGAGGAUCAGACACGUAGAAGAACCCUAUUCAAAGACCUCGCUAAUAUCAUGCUGUCAUUGAAUCGUACACACCUCCCGCAGAUUGGAUCUCUCACGAUAGACGACGAUGGCGUGAUCCAGCUAGACAGGCGGCCCCUGACGCUACGACUUCAGACUUUCGAAAAUGAAGGUAUUCCAACGAUCCCCCGAGACUCAACCUACCAAUCUGUGGAGCCAUAUAUUCUGGACCUUCUGCAGUGCCAUGACAACCGACUUAUUCAUCAACCAAAUGCCAUUCAUGAUGUGAAUGACGGUCAAGAACAAUUCGCUGCUUUGACAAUGAUGCGGGGACUUCUACAUCAAUUCAUUUCCCGCCAAUACCGCAACGGCCCCUUUGUACUCACGCUGACCGAUCUCCAUCCGAGUAACAUUUUUGUUGAUGAAGAUUGGCAUGUGACUUCCCUUAUCGACCUGGAAUGGGCAUGUUUCUUUCCAAUUGAACUACAGACGCCUCCAUAUUGGCUUUCGGGUCGGCCUAUCGAUGAUAUUGAGCAUGGAGAGCAUUUACAGACCUUUGAAAAGAUCAUCACUGAAUUCAUAGAAAUUUUCGACGAACAAGAAAAAAGGCUUGAGGGUUCCAACGCUUUCCAAGUUGGUGUCAUGAAGGAAUGCUGGGAAAGGGGGAGCUUCUGGUACUUUCAAGCUGUACAUAGUCCAAAAGGGCUUCUCCGCGUGUUUAACGAGCACAUCCAAGGCAGAUUCUGUGAAGAGCAUUGCACACAACGCGUUUUCGAUCAGACUGUUAGCCCGUACUGGUCUGCAUAUUCCGAGAGCUUCAUUCAAAGAAAGGACAAAGAAGAAACUGAAUACAAAGACCGACUCCGAAAACGAUUUGCUGAUUCGAUGGCUGAAUAA